UUCGGGCUGUGGAUGGCCCCGCGAGAACUGUGAGGGCCUUUGUGCUCCAACAGCGUCGGGUGGUCAGGGAAGGCCUCAGGAGGAAGAGGCGGCCCACUGUCCUGAGCAGCGCUGUGGCACUGUGGCCCCUGGAACUUGCCAGGACUCCAAGGGGAGUCUGCUGCCCCCAGCCCUACUGAAGACGGUGCCCCUCCCCCGGCUGCAGCUGGCUGGACAGGAGGGGAAGUGGCCAGAAGAGGAAGUGUGCAGAGUUCCCGUCCAGCCUGUCACAGUCUCCUCAGGCCUUCGGAGGGGUGGCCCUGUGGCCCGGCUGCGGCCAUGGAGCCUCUGGAGACCCCCGUGAAGGACGGCAUCCUCUACCAACACCACGUCAAGUUUGGCAAGAAGUCCUGGCGAAAGGUGUGGGCCCUGCUAUAUGCAGGGAGCCCAUCUGGUGUGGCCCGGCUGGAGAGCUGGGAGGUUCGGGAUGGUGGCCUGGGACCAGCAACUGACAGAGCCCUGGGUCCCAGCCGGCGUGGGGAGCGGCGUGUCAUCCGCCUGGCCGACUGCGUGUCUGUGCUGCCAGCCGAUGGUGAGAGCUGCCCCCGGGACACUGGUGCCUUCCUGCUCACCACUACUGACCGGAACCACCUGCUCGCAGCACAGGACCGUCAGGCCUGGAUGGGCUCCAUCUGCCAACUGGCCUUCCCGGGCACAGGGGACUGCUCUUCAGGCUCAGGAGAGGCAGCGUCCCCGAGGGCCGUGGUCCCCAUGGAGGAGAACUCCAUCUACUCCUCCUGGCAGGAAGUGGGCGAGUUUCCGGUGGUGGUGCAGAGGUCCGAGGCCGCGGCCCGCUGCCACCUCAGGGGGCCCUACGUGCUGGUGCUGGGCCGCGACGCGCUGCAGCUGAGGGAGGCGUCCAGCCCGCAGGUCCUCUACGUCUGGCCCUACCGCUUCCUGCGCAAGUUCGGUUCCGUCAAGGUGAGGGCCGCGCAGCGCUGGGCUAAAGCGGACCUCCGGGCCCCGGGGGCGGGGCCGCGGGGCGGGGCUUCCCAACGCGGAGGGGCCGCUGGGACGCAGGGGGGACAGAACGCGGGCGGCCGAUCCCAGCGCUGCUCUUUGGAGGCCGCUGCGGAGCAGCGCCCCGGCGGGGCCGAGCAGGUACAGGCGACGGUGCGGGGCAUCUUGGGCUGGACCAGGCAGGGACCAGGGGCGUGCCGAGGACCACAGAGAAUACUGCGGGUCGCGGCCAGCGCUGCGCUUCCUCCCGCGGGUUCGGGCCCCUGUCUCCGCCCCCGCCUUCCUGCGGCGAAGCCGGCUGUGGCUGGGCGGAUUGGCGCCUGCGCCGCUUCCUGA